AUGACAUUUGAGCCAAUGACAUUAUUAUUAGCCCAUCAUCAUCAGCAUUGAAGACGGGAGAUAACAGCUGUUAAUGGUUGUAGAUAUAUCCAUGUCAUUACUGUAUCCGAAUGCAAAUAUAUUACGUUCAUAUUAUUAGAUGAGCAUCAAACCUAAGAGCCACAAGGCCAUGGGAGAUGGCGAGUGGAUGGCGAGGCUGAGGGCAUUUGCCACCACUGGCCGUUGGCCUUCAGGAGGUAAUAAACCAGCCCCAAGGCAACGGAAGUGGUAUGACCUCUACCAGAAGAUUGAGAAAUGCCCCAUGCAGGCCCAUGGACAGAGCACCCUCUUUGGAGGGUCCAAGGCCUGUAACUGUGGAUUUCACACCGUUAAGCAGCCUGCCACUCCUGCUGAAGCCCCACAGUCUGUGGCCUCAGACUCGGACCCUGGUGCGACUUCAGCAAGUGCUGCAGCGUCUGCCGCCACCCCGAGGUCUUUCCUGCGCCCCCCGCUGAGUUUGUCAAUGUUCACUAAAUCACGUUUUGGUGGGUCAAAGUCUGACUCACUAAAGCCCAAUUUAGUGGCUAGGAGGACCCCCAGCCCUUCUCCUCCUUCUCCAUCCUCUGUGAGGACCCCGAGCUCUUCUCCUCUUCCUUCUCCAUCCCCUUUGAGGACCCCGAGCCCUGCACCAUCCUCUGUGAGGACACCGACCCCUGCACCAUCCUCUGUGAGGACACCGAGCUCUUCUCCUCUUCCUCCUUCUCCUCUUCCUUCUCCAUCCUCUGUGAGGACCCCAAGCCCUUCUGUAAGCAGCAGCCUUGCAGUAGCCCCUGACGAGUCUGGAGGAGUUCCUUCAGCAGCUGCGGCGGUUGCAGCUUCAAUCUGGUUGCCGGGGGAACUGAGCAAGACCAUCCCUGUGCAGGACCACAGGUGGAUUGCCAGCACCCUCUUUCCCUCCGGUAAACUGCGGUCAGAUGUAAAGCUGUGGUAUGAGCCCCCUGUCCCAGCCCUCAUUUACCACCAAACCCCGGCACCCGACAGCUUCUUCCCCCAUCGGCUGAUGGUGUGGAUGCCAUACCACCUGUGGAAGGUGAAGGUGUCCUGCCCGGCUUGUGGGAAGCAGCUGACGGGGUAUGGUGUCCACAAGAGGGCUCGAAAAGUCCUAGACAUCGACGGGUAUUACCUGAUGGUGACAGAGACACUCAGGUGCACCGUGUGUUCCCUGAACUAUCUGUCGACCAGUCAGACUGUCCGGGACCAGCUGGACCUGCCCCACCAGAAGCUGUUUGAAAUGAUUCUGACCCGCAAGUGA